CCCGCGCAGGACGCGGAGGCCAGCAUGGAGAGCGAGCUGGAGCCGCUGGCCCUGCAGCCGGCGAGCCCGGCCGAGCCGCACUUCCAGGCGCUGGUGGAGGCUGCGGGCGGCCGCGGGCAGGUGCUGCUGGUGGGAGAGCUGUGGGAGCGCGAGCAGAGCCGUGAGCUGCUGCGAGACUUCUCCCGCGCCGUGUUCCCUCCGGAGCCAGAGCCGGAGCCAGCGUCGGGCAAGUCGGGGAAGCCCGGUAAGCCGGGCCACUACACAGAGGCCGAGAGCGCAGCCACUGCGGCGGCCAUCGGGCCGCAACGGGCUCCGGGGGCAAAGGCAGCGCGCUCCAUCCGCUCGCCGCUGGUCUUCGUGCUGUGCCGCUCUUCAUCGCUGGCCGCCCGGGACCUGCGGCGCCUCCUGCGGGAGAUGCUGCGGGAUGUGCGCAGCCGGAGACCGGAGGGCGCAGCGCUGGUCGGAGUCCUGGUGGCCGACGCGGGAACGGAGGACGCGGUGGUGUCAGGACUGCAGCUGCUGGAGACGCUGCUGCGCUCGGUGUUCGGCCGCCAGGUCGGGGGCCCGGUGCAAGCUGCCGCCUUCCGUCUCGGCUCCCCGGCCUCCUGCCUGGCGGUCCAGGAGGCGGCCUGCAGGGCCCUGCAAGCUGCCGGGCCAGGUCGACCAGCAGAAGGUGCCUGGGAAAGACCAGGCCUCCCUGGCCUACUGACUUGCUUUUCCUGGGGUCCUCGGAACCAGAGGAAGAACCAAGGAUAUGCCACCUCCUCCCAAGGCCCAGCUCAAGAACACCUCCAGGUCUCGGAGGAGGAGCUUGCACUGACAGCCAUGUGUCCCAAUGGAGACUGUGAAGACCGAGGGAGUGGAGCCAGAGCCCAGGAUGGAGUUGUCCGCAUGCCAUCUGAGCCCUUGGAGGACACAAGAUGAAGGCUGAACCCCUGGACUGGCCCUAACCUACACACUGGGGUCUGGACCUUCUCAGUGGGCUUCCAUGUCACAGUGUUGACCUCGGCAGCUGGUGGCUGACUGACCACAGAGACCCCACUUGCUUGGGGACUGCCGCUUUCACUGUUGCCAGUGAGGCAGCAAGGCCCAUGGGACCUGCCCCACACUUAGUGUUUCUUCUCUCUGUGAGCAAGGUGAUCCUGUCUCUCUGUGCCUUCAUUUCUCAGAGCCAAGGAGACACUGCACCGCUGUGCAGACUUGCCACUCUGUCUGGGGCUUCUGUUUCCCAGGAAGCUGCCAGCCCAGUGGCUUUCCACCAGGGACUAGGAUGCACCUCCAGGCAAUACUGGAAACUUGUGUGGGGACAAUUAGUGGGCAUCUCACAGCCUGUAGGACGGUCCAACCCCAAAUAAUCUAUUUUCUCAGAAUACCAGUUGUGACAGUUUCGAGAGAUGAAAGAGCCAAUCCCUUCUCCCUGUCAGUCUGUAAAGAGAUCCCCUUGGCUUUCCUGGGUCCUUGGUCCCCAGAACAAGCCAAACUCAAGACCCGACUGUUGCCGUGAGGGGGCCUGUCAGGUCAGAGCCGAAAUGACCUGUGUGUUGCAGGGCCAGAACCGAAAGCGCCUUGCAUGCUGUGAGAAGAAGGGGCCUCAGUCUUUCCCGUGUAGACACUGAUUACUGUGCCAAAUCCUCUGUGGAAAAGUUUUCUGGGAGCUGCCUAGAGCACCAAGGACAAGGAAAGCCAGGGUAUUGGGGUGUUCAGUUCCCCGACUUAUGUUAGAGCUCAAGUCCUAGCCCAAGUAUUCUGGAAUCUUCCUUCUGAGGCUUUGAGUCACAGAGGGUUCACGCAGAGGCAACUGGGAAUUGCCUCUUGGCCUUGCCUGCCCCUGGAGAAAUCAGUCUUUGGAAGGGAAAGGGCCCUACUAGUUUUCCCUGAUGUGAGAAAAGCAUUGUCAGAGGGAAGUGGAUAGACUUACAUAUUCAACUGUGUUCCACUCUGCAGAUACCCAACUGUGCUGUGCUUGGCGUAGCUCCCUGUGAGGAGAUACACACCUUUGAGUCAUCAUUUCAACUCUUUCUGUGACAGCACCAAGGGAGGGGACCCUCCCUGCUCUGUGCCUCAGUUUCUUCUUGGUGAUCCACAGCCUAAUCCUGUUCCCUCUCAGUCUCGUGGAGAGAGCAUGAGGUGCAGAGGGAUUGGCAUCUUCCUGGCGUGAGGUGGAAGCAGACUCAUUUUAAUAAUGCAAGGUUGCCCCGUGGGAAGUGGUCCAGUUAGCAUAUUUUAUUCACGUGUGAGCUAGAGGCUGGGGUAUAGUUCAGUUAGUUAGAGAGAGUCUAGCAUGCUAAUUUGAUCCCCACAGCUAUAUGAUCUGGAAGAGGUGCACACGCCUGUAAUCCUGGUUCUUGGGAAGUAGAGAGAGGAGGAUCUGAAAUUCAAAUUCACCUUCAGCUACAAUAUGAAUUGGAUGGAGGUCAGCCUGGGCUACACGAGAUCCUGUCUCAAAAAAAAAAAAAAAGAAAAGCAAUUUUGAAUUAUCAAUUUGACUUGAUUUUGGUUUUAUUGGGGGUUUUUUGUUUUGUUUUUCAGGACAGGAUUUCUCUGUGUUACAGUCCUAGCUGUCCUGGAACUAGCUAUUGUAGACCAGGUUGGCUUCAAAUUCACAGAGAUCUGCUUGCUUCUGCCUCCCAUGCUGAGAUUAAUGGUGUGUGUCACCACAGCCCAGCUUGAUUUUGUUUUUAAAUGGGAAGACUGGUGUAUCUGAAGCUGCUAUAUUUUUGUUACAAUGUUGACCUAUGCAAUCCUAUGUGAUCAUUCGGUUGAGUUCCAUUAUUUGAGCAAGAAAAGGGGCUUGAAAUUUAAACUGGGAAUUUGUCUAGGAAGUUACAGAGUUAAAAAUCUUUUGUAUUUGUUACCCAUGUUUGAAACUUAGGAAACAGCACAUUUAAAUCAGCUGGGUUUCCUGGGUGAGGAAGGCUGUACCUUCCUCUCCGUCCUUCACUUAGAACCCCAUCCCUACUGUACCUCAGGGCCUUUUGAGUUUGUCGCCUCUGCUCUAAAAGGGUGAUUCGCACACCAUUCGCAUUAGCUGUGGUCUGAGUUGUCUGCUGUCUUGUCACUGGUUGCAAAGGUCGGUGUACUGAGCCUGGGUUUUGUUUCCCAGCUGGUAAAACAGGUGUAAGAAACAGCAUCCUGCCGUCCAUCUUAGUACUGUUUCCCAGCGGACAGCAGGACUUGGGUUUCACCAGAGAUGGCCUUGUGGGACCCUUCCGGAGGAAAGAAGGAAGGGUGGAGACCUGGAGGAAGGCAGGGGUCCCUGAGAGCCACAUGUGAGGACCUGACCACCAGCUCCACUAGGUCCUGGGGUUCUAACCUGGAAUGCAAUGGUAGUUCCUCUGCUUUUGACAUGAGUCCUGGCUCCUUAGAUCUAAUUAAACCAGACAGUGCCUCACUGGUAUCUGAUAGAAACAGAAUAGUCUUCCUUUUCUUCUCUAACACUGUCUUCAUGGGGGUCUGGUGAGGAGGGAGUCUGAGUAAAUAAAAUACCCCUAAAAGUCCUCCAGGCCCAGGUGAUCUCUUCACAGCCCAUGUCUGGAACUGGAAAAUAUCUGGGGGAGUGGAAGCCAGUAUUAAAUAGAUUUAUUUGUUUAUUUAUUUAUUUUUACUUUUUACUUAUGGUGGCGCAUACAUACCACAGCACAUGUAUGGAGGUCAGGACGACUUGUGGGAGUCAAUUUCUUCAUCCACCAUGUGGACCUAGGGGAUCCAACUUAGGUCAUAUGGUUUGGUAGCAAAAUACUUUGCCCACUGAACCAUUUUACAGUCCCAGAAGUAAAUAUUUAAAAGGAGAUUCUCUUUUUAAUUGAAAGACAGCAUGGUUUUGAUAUACAAUAGAGGGUGCGGACGUGUAUGCAUAUGUGUGUGUUUAAGCAGAGCUAACCCAGACCUUCACUGGCUUUCAGGCAAAUCUUUGUUGAGAUUUGUGUCAUGGUUUCUCUCCUGUUCAAGUGUUUGCCUCCAAAGAGUUCCUGGCUUGUAAAAGCAAAUCUUCAGGAGAGCCUCUAAAGGAACCAAAUGUGGUUGCUUUGGGCCUGCAAUAUCAGUGAGCUCCUCUUUUUCUGCAAGAAGCAAGGACCAAACUUCAGCUAGACGGUAACGGCCACUGACCACUGAAGAUGCAAACGCAAUCUGUGCUUUAAAAUGCCAAUGACGGCUGGCCAGUGGCGGCGCGCACCUUUAAUCUCAGCACUUGGGAGGCAGAGGCAGGUGAAUCUGUGAGUUCCAGGACAUCCAGGACUACACAGAGAAACCCUGUCUCAAAAACACAAAGCCAAUUACAAGGUAGGGCUUGCUUCACAGGGCCAGGUAGCCUGGACUUUGUCCUGUUUGCAGGGUACACAGAGCCUGCCCUGUGAGGGGAGGAAGCUGUCUUCUUUAUUGAGGGCUGCGCCAGCACUCUGACCUGAUUUUGUGUGUUAGUGGAUCAAGCAUUGGGACAGAGGUGGAAUUUAGCCAGGAGAGCCAGUCACUUGCAUAACCUUGGUGUUGGAGCUAGGGGAAGUUGGUGGUACGGGACCACCAGAAAUCUACGUACAUCCUAUCUGCCUUCAACUUUGAACCCAAGUCUUCAGCCUCACACUCAUGGCUGCCACUUGGAGAAGAGCAUGGCUGCCUGUAGGAUACAGUCGCAGGUAGGUUCAGAGUCACAGGAAGUACAAUGGGUGAGACUGAGAGGGGAGAACAGGGUGUGUUGGGAGGUCACAUCCAGGUGGGUGUGGCUUUGGUAAGGCUGAGAACCCUAUCUACCUUCUUCCCUGGGAUCUCCAGCUAUGACUCCUACCCAAAAUGCUUAGCAGGGCUUGGAACACCCUGCUUAGUCCUUGUGACCAAGCCCUGGUUUUGAGAUCUAGUUACAAAAACUGGGUCUAUCUCUGUCUUCGUUAGGAUUUUUACUGCUGUGGAGAAUCACUGUGUCAACAGCAACUCUUAUAAAGAAAACAUUUAACUGGGGUGGCUCGCUUCCAGUUUCAGAGGUUCAGUCAUUCUCAUCAUGAUGGGAAACAUGGCCCCGUGCAGUCAGAUGUGCUGGAGCAGAGAGGGCUACAUCUCGCAAGCCACAGGAAGAAGACUGAGACACCGAGCAGUAUCCUGGGCAUAGGGAAGCUCCCCCACAGUGACACGCUUCCUCCAAGAAGGCCAUACCCACUCCAACAAAGUCACACCUCCUAAUAGUCCCCUCCCUAUGAGACUGUGGGGGCCAGUUAUAUUCAAACUACCACAGUCUCUUAGCCCCAAGUUCUUCUCUUCAUUGCUAGUGGAAGAGGUCUUCAUGCUGAGGGUGGCUUGUAUCAUUGCUCGUACUGCAGGCUAACUUCACUCUGGCCUGCAGUCCCUGUGGACUGCCUGCUCCAGAACCCAUAGAUGUGGGGACAGCUACUCUCAACCCCUUGGUCCCCGACAAGAGGGUGCCUCCCCUUCAGCCUACCCAGAGCCAGGCAACAGGAACAGCUCCAGAAAGUAGGCAAGGCCCUGAAGGGCCACACUUGGAACUAGAGGGCUUAAGAGGAAUCCAUGGCAAGGCGCAAGUGAAACUUCCCAUUUUCUAGAAACCACCUUGGGAAAAAAGGCAAAGAAACAGGUAAUGUUAAUUUAAAUCAUGAGCAAUCUUCAUUUUUUGUUUGUUUGUUUGUUUAAGACAGAGUCUCACUAGGUAGAGCUCUUUCUUGCCCAGAACUCACCAUAUAGACCAGGCUGUCUUCAAACUCAUGGAGAGUGAGUCACCUGCCUUUGCCUCCUAAGUACUGGGAUUAAAGGCAGGUCACCACACCCAGCUGAAUAUACUUUUAAAACACAUUUAAAUUUUAUGUGUAUGUGCCUGACUGUAUGUAAAUGCAUGAUGUGUGUGCAGAAGCCCAUGGAGGUCAGAAGAGGCGUUGAAUCCCUAGGGAUUGGAGUUACCGAUGGUUUUAAGUUGCUGUGUGGGUACUGAGAACUGAACCCAACUCUCCCGCAAGAGCAGUAAGUGUUCUUAGCUGAUGAACCAUCUUUCCAACCUUCAUUUUCUUUUUUCUUCUU